UUUCUUGCCGUGCAUUAUACAUCACACUUCAACACACACACACACCCAUACACGAUGACCGCCACACCGUCCAGUUCGGCCGUGCGUGCCCUAUCCCUGGAAUACAAAAGCCUGCAGGAGGAACCCGUCGAGGGUUUCCGCGUGAAGUUGCUGAACGAGGAUAAUCUGUUCGAGUGGGAGGUGGCCAUCUUCGGCCCGCCGGAUACACUCUACCAGGGCGGCUACUUUAAGGCGCACAUGAAAUUUCCACCAGAUUAUCCAUAUUCUCCACCAUCGAUAAGAUUUUUAACAAAAGUGUGGCACCCGAAUGUCUACGAGAAUGGUGAUCUUUGCAUAUCGAUUCUACAUCCACCGGUGGACGAUCCGCAGAGUGGCGAGCUACCGUGCGAACGAUGGAACCCGACGCAGAACGUACGAACCAUCCUGCUAUCCGUGAUUUCCUUGCUCAACGAGCCAAACACCUACUCGCCAGCAAACGUCGAUGCGUCCGUCAUGUACCGAAGAUGGCGAGAUUCACACGGCAAGGACAAUGAAUAUCCUAACAUAAUUAGACGACAAGCACAGGCCGCCAAGGCUGAAGCAGAAAAGGAAGGUAUCAUUGUACCGCUUACGCUAGAAGAGUAUUGCAUCAAGUCGAAGACGAAACCUACCGGCCAGGAACCUCAGCUCGAUAUGACCGAUUUCUACGACGAUGAUUACGAUCUCGACACGGAGGAUGACGAUAAUGCAUCGGUAGAAUCGUACGCCGACGGUGACGACAGUGGCAACGGUGAAUCCUAACGAGCUUACACACUCUGGCACGGCGAC